AUGAAGUUUCUGUUUCUGUUAAGCAAAUUAGUUUACACGCUCGGAAAUGUCUCUACACCAUAUCUAUGGUGUGGACAUUAUGACUUGACACCAAAUGGCUCCCAAACGGAGGAUUCCUGCUGUCCAUUUUUCAAAAAUCUCUUUCAAGUAAUCUCUAUCGUGAACAAAACAGACAAUAAUGGAGACGCUAUUGCCAACAGUCUCGAAAUAUGUACAAACAGUACUAGCAUCAAGGAUAAAACAAUUAAGUGUUGUUCUAUAUGUUUUAACAAAUGCAAAAUGUUUUAUGAGAUUGAUCAAAAAACUAGUAUGGCCUCCUUCAUACCUUCAAAGAUCGAAAAUUUGAGGUUUCCUAAAGUUAGCCCGGAUAAUGACAGAUCAUAUCUUGGAAUACAAAACAAAACCAGCAGAUUUAUAGUUACAGUUAACUUAAACACGGUAAAGACUGUUGAAAAUAUAGUUUUUUUGGUUGAUAUAGACAACAAAAAUGGUCUGAAGAAAUUGUUCGAAGUUGAUGCCUCCAACCUUGAGAUCAUUGAAAUUGAUGUAGAGGAUAUUGAAUCACUGGAUAUUAAUGUGCCAGAAGACAUUUUAAACACUCUAAAAGAGGACGCAAGUAUAUUUACAUGGAAAAACUUCAUAAUUGCUCUUUUAGUGUACUACAUUGUAGGUUCCUUGGCUAUUAUCGGAUAUUUCUGCUUUUUCAAGAAGCCGGCGACAUGA